CCUGGGCGGAGAAACCAUGCUACGGGAAACCAUUAGAGGAGCACUUAGCGCUCAGCGGGAGAGAUAUUGCCUUUCCCAUCGAGGCCUGUGUCACAAUGCUGCUGGAGUGUGGCAUGCAGGAGGAGGGUUUAUUCAGAGUCGCUCCAUCUGCCUCCAAACUGAAGAAGCUGAAAGCGUCUCUGGACUGCGGGGUGCUGGAUGUUCAGGAGUACUCUGCAGACCCACACGCCAUCGCAGGUGCAUUGAAGUCGUACCUGCGGGAGCUUCCUGAGCCCUUGAUGUCGUACGAGCUCUACAACGACUGGAUCCAGGCCUCUAACAUUCAGGAUCAGGACAAGAGACUGCAGGCUCUCCUCAGCGCCUGUGAGAAACUACCGCCGGCCAACAACAACAACUUCAAGUAUUUGAUCAAAUUCCUCUCCAAACUGACUGAUGACCAGGAUGUGAACAAGAUGACGCCUGGAAACAUCGCCAUCGUCCUCGGACCGAACCUGCUGUGGAUGAACAACGAAGGAAACAUCACCGAGAUGAUGACGACAGUUUCCCUGCAGAUCGUCGGUAUCAUCGAGCCGAUCAUCCAACACGCCGACUGGUUCUUCCCCGGAGAAAUCGAGUUCAACGUCACCGGGAACUACGGCAGCCCGGUCCACACGAACCACAACGCAAACUACAGCUCAAUGCCGUCACCAGACAUGGAUCAGGUGGAUCGAAGGCAGAACGACCAGAGUCGACGCCCGCUCAGCGUCGCCACUGAUAACAUGAUGCUGGAGUUCUACAAGAAGGACGGCACUCUGAAGAACAAGGAGCUGUCGCCUGUGAUCGGGCAGAAGGGAACGAUGACCUCUUGUGGACAGACAGAUCACAGCCCGCACUCUCUGAGGAGGGUGAAGAAAGCAGCCCCCAUCCCUCCUAAAGUCCCGUACAGUCAGACAGGAGCCAUGUCCGACCAGUCCACAGGUCAGCCGUCUCCGGUCAGCCUGUCUCCCACUCCUCCCAGCACCCCCUCCCCGUACGGCUUCAGCUACCCGCAGGGCUACGCCACCAUCGGCUCCCCGGGGCAGUCCGUGAUGGCCACCACCCCGUCUCUCUCCUCUCCGCCCUCGCUGGCCGGGACCCUCACCAAGGCCAGGCCGACACCCAAACCGCCACGGCAGAGGCCCAGCUUACCGCCACCUCAGCCCCCCUCCACGCCCGGCACCAGUCCCCAACCUCUGGAGCACUCGCCGGGUCUGCUGGAUGGUUUAUCACCGGGGGAGAGCAUGUCCACAGAUGCUCUCUGCAACCUGGACAUCCCCGUCAUCGACGUGGACCUGGACGGUAUUUUUGACUUGCCCCACAUCUCCCCCUUCAGGAACUCAGUGGCGCUGUUCGGGUCGACCAACUACAAAGCAGAGUCGGAGGAGGAGUCUGAGAGCACAGUGCUAUGACGCCACUGAGUUCCCUCACAACUUCUGCUACUGCUGCACCGUCUCGCUCUGAAAAAAAAGAAACAAACACACACACCCCGACACUCAUUCACCGACCUUUUACCUCUCAAGCUGCAUCACAUCAACCUCGAUCUGGAAGUCUUCAUCACCCAAACGCAUCUCCUCCAAAAAAUAAACACACACGGUUCAAGUCAAAGAAAACACAAAAGAAAUCACGAGGUCUUUGGGACGCUGUCGGCAGGAAACUUAUCAUCAGACGCACAUUUCUCCAUUUUUGUGUAAGCUGGAAACAUGUUUUUUAAUUUAAUAUUUUAUGUUC